AGGACGCGCACGAGCAGCUCUUCCUUCAGGAGUUUCUGUCUUGCGAGAGAGCGUGUGGGCUUCCACCGGAUUCCACCUUCCCUCACAAGCACCUCCUCCUCCCAAUCAUGUUCUGAAUCAGUCGAUCUCUUCCGCAGCAGCAGCAGCCCAGACAAACGUCCUCGUACAUGUCGUACCUCUAGCGGUACUUGUCGUGUCAUAAAGCAGCAGCGACAGCAGCAGAAAGGUCUCAACCGGACUCGAUCCGUCUAUUGUCUUCGUCAUGGCUGUCCUCGAGGAGUAUCUGUGGCUCGUUGUCGUCGGGGCCCUGGUGGCCUUCGGGUUCGGAUACGGAACUGGUGCGAACGAUGUGGCUAAUGCUUUCGGAACGUCCGUCGGGAGCAAAACCCUCACUCUGAGGCAGGCGGUCAUUAUUGCGUCUAUCUUCGAGUUUGCCGGAGCCCUUCUUCUGGGAAGAGUGUCGACGAAUACCAUCGCGUCCGGUAUAGCGGACAUCAACUCCUUCACCCGUGACCCGGAGGUUUAUGCUUAUGGCAUGGUCUGCGCCUUGGGAGUUGGUACAAUAUGGCUUCUUAUUACUUCCUACUUGGGACUCAACGUGUCGUCCACCCACUCCAUCAUCGGUGGAAUUAUCGGAUUUGCUUUGGUUUGGGAUGGCAGCAACGCCGUCGUGUGGGCGAAGAAGGACACCAACUCGUUUCCUCCGUACAAGGGAGUGGUCGCCAUCGUCAUGUCCUGGUUCAUCGCUCCCGUUAUCACCGGCCUCGUGUCCGCGCUCAUCUUCUUCAUCGUCCGCACUGCUGUCCUCCGCCGCAAAAAUGCUUACGCCCUGUCAUUCUGGACUCUUCCUCCUUUCGUCCUCAUCACCACAUGGGUCAACGUGUACUUCGUCUUCACCAAGGGUGCCAAGAAGACACUGUCGUCGUCCUCGGACUGGACGGACUCCAAGGCCGCCUGGGUGUCGGCCGUCAUCGCUGUAGGAGUUACUAUUCUGUGCAUUUUCGUUGCUCUUCCGCUUUUGAGGAGGAUGGCAAGCAAUCACUUCGACAGCGAGGGCAAUCCCAUUCAGGGAAUGCCUACAGCCUUCUCCCCGCAAACCGCCUCCGAGAUGAGAACUCCCGAGCAGAUCGCAGCCGGUUCGAACCAAGUGUCUCCCGUCGAUGCCGAGCCCGCUCAAUUGACAAGAUGGCAGAAGUUCAGCAAGGCAGCAACUCACGGCAUGGACGUGGAUAUCCACAAAAUCGUCAAGACGGACGACAAGAUUCACGAGAUUCACGAAUCCGCUGAGCUCUUCGAGCCUCGUGUGGAAUACGCCUUCAGCUACUUGCAGGUCUUCUCAGCCAUCUGUGUCAUCUUCGCCCAUGGGGCCGGUGAGGUCGGAUACAUGGCAGGUCCGCUGGCCACCAUCUGGGACGUGUACAAGAAGGGUCAGCUCUCGAAGAAUGUCCAGCCUCCAAUCUGGAUCAUCCUCAUCGGUGCCAUCGGUCUCGUCAUCGGCCUCGCCACUUAUGGAUACAAUGUUACCAGAGCUAUGGGAGUGAAGCUCGCGAAGCUGACACCCACCAGAGGAUUCGCUGCCGAGCUCGCCACAGCCUUUGUGAUCAUGAUCGCCUCUCAGUACGGUCUGCCCACAUCGUCAAGCCAGUGCAUCACCGGAGCCAUCAUCGGAGUGGGUAUCCUGGAGGGAUCGAAGGGAGUCAACUGGACCCAAUUCUUGAAGCAGUUCGGUUCGUGGGUGGCCACAUUGUUCGUCAUCGGUCUGGCUGUGGCCGCCGUGUUCGCCCAAGGAAUCUACACUCCCAGCAAAAUCCAAGGAAAGGAGGUGACCAUGUACGAGGAUCGUGUGACCAACUUGACCACGCAAGUGUACAAGGACUUCAACUCCAGCCUCCAGAGCUACCGGCCAGUUGCUGCCCAAGGCCUCCUCGUCAACCUCCCCAACACCACCUGGAAUGAGCUCAACGCCACCGUAGCCGUCAAUGCGAAUGCCGCGAAGAAUUUGAUAGACCCCAAGAAAGCCCAGUCAGUUGCAGUGGAAUCCAUCCUUGAUGCGCUUUACAAGUCACUGUCUCUGGUUCAAAAUAACAGCGUCUUCACUCUGGGACAAAGUACAGUUUUUCCUGGAGCUGAGAUCUGUAUAGAUCCUUCGACGACGAAUUUGACGACGGUUGCUUGCACCUCACCGAAGCUUCUUCCAUCAUUCGCUUUGAAGACCUAGUCGGUCUAGGCAUAGUUUCCUCGGAGAGAGCUUGAACAUUGAAGGUAGUGAGUGGAAUACAUUCCAGAUCUAGACAUAUUUAUUCAACUUGAAAAUUUGAUUUUGUGUGAGCGUUGCUGUAUCGUUUACCCCAGUGCGGUGACAAGACCGGAACAGAUGAGGAGAAGUAUACGUGGUCAGCACUGCUCUUUCAGAAUACCUGCCGGCGAUUUGUAUAGAAUUUACUUUGUGAUCUGUUCGUUAACAUGAUGGGAAGGCUCCGUAUUUCCAUUUUCAUAAGAAUAGGGGAUUAUAUAUUAGUAGCUGUUAGCAGAAAUGUGCACACCGUUGUUUAUUGAAGUUCACGUGAAGCUGAAGCUCAAUGAUGAUGAGCUUCGCUGAAGAUGAGCAGAUGAGCUUCGCCUAAGCUCAUCUGCGAGUGAAGAAGAUUCAGAGCAUGCAGCUGUGGAGAUUCCAGAUUUUGCAGAAGUCGAUGGACAGAUGACAGGUCCUGCGUACAGAAUUGAUUCCGGCCAAUAUUAUCAGAAGUAGAUUUAUUAGGGAGAACUUGAAUUCUGGGAACUUGAAAUCAGGAAUGGAGGUUGUAGACACAAAGCGUGUAGAAAAAAAAAGACAGACGGAUAGUGUUAGCAAUCACGAUGGUGCCAAACGGUUCAGUUGAUUUUAAAGUUACGAAGCGCCAACUUACCAAUUUGUGUUCCAUUGGCCGAUAAUUGCUAGAGAAAGAGCUACGAGCUUGUUCGGGGUUUCCCAAUGCCUAGAUCGUAGAAGUUUGACGAGUGUCACAUUAUUCAUAAAUCAAGCGUCAUUCGAGGCUCGUAGGUGUAACCCCUGGUUACUAUAUUAAUGUACGAAGCAAUUUGUACC